ACUAGUGGUGUCAUCAUCGCUUACUCAGUAUCCACCCACUGUUGCGCUACAGUUAAAUGAGACGGGUACUACUCUAAUCUUUUUUCUGUAACUACAACACUGACAACGCCGCCGUCGUUGUCGUUCCAAUUUUAUUGUUUUUGUGUUAGUUUUGUUUAGAACGAAGACGGUUAAUACGUCAAUGAUGACUAGCAGACCAGGCAGAGGUCGAUCUUCGAGGAUGCACUAUGUGAACCCGCGUGAGUACUCUAUUUAAUCACAGAUUCGUUUUUUAUUUUACUUCAUUACACGCAGCACAACGUUGACAUAAUAAUUUAUGUGUUUGAUCCGUGGAUAACAUGGUCCAGUUUAGGGACUAACAGUCGGUUAGAUAGUUUCUGGUUUUCUUCAAUGAGUCCAAAAAUUAUUUGCCGUUCGUCUAAUAUUAUACUAUUGAUUGAUGUACUUUUCUCUAAUUGAUGGUAUUUCGUAGUGUGAAGAUACAACGGGGGACAGAAAGCGGUCGCAGACUGUAACAUCGAUCAGUAAAUUAUAGUCGGUAGUUCUACGGCGUUUACUGUAGACUGCUAGAAAUAAAUUCAGUUAAUGUUUCGUUAUUUAGAAAUUUGUUCCGUUUGUCAUAGGAUAUACAUUUCAGUUAUUAUGUUAACACAUGUGUAGCUAGGAACUCUAAAUCAAUUCUAGGUUGGUCUAUUUUUAUAAUUUAUUAUUCUAAUAGUUACUUACUUGACUAUUACAAACAUUUCCUACUGUUGGGUUGAUAUUAAAUCUAAAAUGAGAUAUUACAAUCAGUUCCUACAAUUAAGGGCUUCCAAAAUAAUAAUAAUUUUUUUAAGAAAUUAUAACCUGUACAAGUAUGCCCAGUACAAUGCCUCUCACUCAUAAUAUUCCAUACAUUCAUCUUAUAAUCUUAAUAACUAUAACAUGUACUAAUGUGUCAAUUAUAUAUUUUAAUGAUAAAUGUAAUUGUUUGUAUAGGUUCUAUAAAAGUAUGAAAUGAAUAUAAUAUUUUGAUAAUUAGAAAAUAGGUUUACACAUUUUGGAAAAUUAGGUAGAUACUAUAUUAUAAAUUAAAUAGGUAUUAUAAUAUUAUAUAUAGCUAAGUACAUUUGUAGUAGGUAGGUAUAUUAUUUAAUUUUUUGAUUAUAUAUUGAGCAUGAUUACAACUUCUAUUGGUUAUUUUAAAAUUUCUUUUCCUUUAUCCCAACUAUUUGGGGUCGACCAACUCGUGUUAAACUUCCGCUUGACCCAAUCUCCCACCUUGAUUCACCAACUGUCCUUAUAAAUCUCAAUCGCAUCCAACCACCUGGUUUUCAUUCUUCCUCUCAUCUUCUUUCCUUCUACGAGAGAAAAUUUAAUGUGUAUCUGUACACAACAACUAACCAUUGCUAACGAAAAACCAUUCUGAGCGGAGUUCGGUCAAUAGAACAAUAUUAAUAGCACCAGCUUUGUUCACGAUAUAUAUAUAUAUAUAUCAUAUUAUGGUAAAAUUACAUAAGGGUUGUAUAUUUUUUUAAUAAUAUUUGUAUAAUAUUUGUUUCGUGUUUUUCUCAUUUAUUAUGCUGAGAAAAUAAAAAAAAUUACUUCCUAAUAGUACCACCCCAGUCAGAUUUUCUUUCUAGAAAAAGUGCUAGGUAUAAUUGAAAAUCUAAGCUAAAUUACUAGUAGAAGUAAAAUUUGUUUUCAGAUAAAAAAAAAAACCUAUACAUUUCUCGCUUCUUUGCGAAGAAUCUAAAAUUGUUUACCUUAAUAUACAAUUUUAUAAAGAAAAUUUAAAAAAACCCUCCUGUGAAAAUUAAAUAUCUUUAAUUUGGUGAUAAUUUUGUUUCAAUUCUAUUUGAGUUAGAAUGCUGUUGUAACUUUAGUUACAUGUUAUUGCUUUAGAUAUUGUCUAUUAGAAAACCAGAGAUAGUAAAUGCAAUAGUGACGUCCUCUUAAAGGUCUUAUGAAUAUAAAUUAAUAACAAACAGAUAAAAAUGUUUGAUUAUUUUUACAAGAUCCAACCAGUUUUGAAAACUAUUUAAUUCCUUAAUUAAAGUGAGCUAUAGUAGUUAUAAAAAUGAUUUCAAAAAUAAUAAUAUACGGUAAAACUGGAAUCUGUAAAUAAAUGUGUACACUAAUUUUGUAGUAACAAUUAAUUAUGUGCAGAUAAUCAACUCUUCACUGUAUUAAGAAAAUAAUUUUUUAAUUCAAACCUAGCUAAUUUUUUCUAUUCAUUGUUUUUAUUAUAAUUUUAGGAAAUGAACACGAUGAUAGAGGUUCGAGACCUAGCACUAGUCGGGGAGGUAGUAAUAAUUAUUUAGAUCGUUUUAGUAAUAAAAAAGUGACAUUUAAAGCACAUAGAGGAGGUAAUCACCACUAUCGUAAAAGUUGGGAUAGUAAAACCGAAUUAGUACGGAAACAACUAGAUGAUUCUCAUAUAUCAGAAAAUCAAAACCGAAAUGGACAACCCAGAAAUAAUUCAAGCCGCCGGUUAGUUAUUUGUUAGUUAUUGUUAAUUGUUAUUAUUUUUAAACUAGGUUUUUAUAACAUGUUGUAAUAAAUUAGAUCUUACCCUGAAAGAAAUCAUGGUCGAGGUGGUGGUAAUUAUGGUAAUUUCAGAUCCACAGUAUGGACUUUAAAAGAAAGUAACACAGGAUGGUAUUCGAUAUAUGUAAGUUUUAAUGUUUUUACUCACAAUAAUAGUUUCAAUAAUAUAAAUAUUUUGGUUUUCAAGGUACCAAAUCUCAAUAAUGAUUGUGACGAAAUUUUAAAAAUACUUCAAACGUAUAUUUCACCUAUUACAUUUUAUCCAUAUAAUGUAAGUUAUUUUUAUGUCUUCCAUUAAACUUGUAAAAUAUCAUAUAAAUUAAUAGUUUUAAAUUUACAGAAACAAUUUUUUGAUAAUGCGUUGAGAUUUGUUGUUGAUGAUUAUAAAAUUGCUAAAAUAUUGCACAACACUAGUUACAAGAUAACACUUAGAGAUAGUCGAAAAGUAAGUUGUAAAUAUUUAGUAUUAUUUGAAUAAAUUCAGUUAUAAACAUUUGUGUUUAGUUGGUCAUUAAAGUGGGUAUAUAUACACCUCCACGAAGUACUACAAUAUUCACACCAGUGUCCAAUGAAAUAAGAGAAAAAAUGGUAGAGGUGAUGGCCACUCGUUAUAAUCCCAGUACCAAAAGUUUAGACUUGUCACAGUUUUAUGCGUGUUCAUGUAUGUAAAUGUUAAUUUUAAUUUUAUAAACUAUUACUAGUAUUUAAAUAAAAAUAUCACUUGAAUAAUUGAGUAUAUUAUUAUAUAGUAUUUACCGAAAAGCAACUGUUUGUAACAUUGAACCGACCAGCAGUUUUGCUGGUAGCUCUCAACAUAGUUGCUCAACAUACAAAGUCUGAGUUGUUUGGCCUGAGUCUUGAAAACAAUCAUAUAUAUAUGGGCGAAGGGCUCAUAUGGAUACGUAGACUAUUUCCAAACCUUAAAGUUUUAGAUUUAGCUGGAAAUAAAGUAAUAUCAUAUUUUAAUUUUAAUAUAAACACAUUAAAUAUAUAGUUAUACAUAUUUUUUAGUUUUCUGAUUUGAAUGAGUUGAAUGGCCUCCACGGUUUUUCUAUUGAAGUAAUUAACCUAUCUAGAAAUCCAGUGAGCGAUACGGAGGAUAAAGAGCGUUACAGACAGUGAGCAAUGUCCUAUUAUUUAUAUUUUCAAGUUAAAUACUAUUUGUUAUAUUUUUUGCAGGGAUGUUCAACAACUAUUUCCCAUGCUAAAUAAGCUGGUAAGUGUUUUCUAUUUUAUUUUGUCAUAUUUAGACUCUGUUCUAAAUGUUUGCAAGGAAUACCAAUAUUGAUGUUUAUAUAUGGCUAACAUAACAAUAUUUUGAUCAUUUUAUUGUGUGUAUUAAGGUAAGGUGUCCAUGGUAAGUACAUCUUACCUGGUUCAAAAUUCAAAAAUGAUGUUAUCGCAAGUUUUUACAACCAAGGUAUCUUUGUACCUAUUAUGUAUUUGAAUGAAUUACAACACACACAAGACAAAGUGUAGAAACAACCAUUUCAUAUUUAAUUAAAUAAUAAAUGUUGACUUUUUUAUUUGAAAAAAUAUAUAAAACUCAACUCUUGUUACUACAUUUUAAACAUAAUUGCAUGACAUUUACAGUGUGUUAUACGUUAGUAUUGUGGUUGAUAUUUUUUCAAUUUUAUGAUUUCGGAUUUUCAGCGAAACAUUGCUGUUUUAUUAUUUAUUCAUUUUUAUUUUCUCCAUUUAUCAUAAUAGUAUAUUGCAUGUUCAAUUUGCAACAUAUUUUAAUUUUAUAGUUUUUCAAAUUAAGAUAUUUUUCUGAAAAUGUUGGUAUGUAUUAAUUUGAUGUAUAUUUUCACAUGAGAACAAAAAAGAGGGAAUGAAAAUAUACAAAAUGUAUAUAUUUCCUUAUAAGUCCUUACAAUUUAUUACAUUUUUGUUUGUCAUCAUUUAUAGAAAAAAAAAAACAGAUAUAAAUGAUAAUGUAAAAUUCAAAUUUUAGAUUUAAAGUUUAUUAAAGAAAGAAGACAGAUAAAUUUAUAUUUUCGGAAAAAAAAAUUCAUGCUAAAAUAAAGUUGAUAAUAAAUAUUUUAUUAUUUGGAUUUCAAAAUACAACCUUUUAAUAUUAUAAUAUUUUAAUGAUAGAAUGAAAUAUUAACAAAUUACUUCAAAUUAAUAUUUACAAAAAACUACUGCAUUAUUGGAACCAAAGCACUUGUAAAUAACAGCUGUCUGUGAUUAAAUUUAUCUGUUCAAAUCUUCCAGUUUUCAAUUUUAUUUUCCCAGUCGUUUCGGCUUUAACUUAAUUUAAGUAAAAAUGUUUUAAUAUUUGUAGAACUUCUUUUUGUUCUAUUUGUGUAUUAUUUGAAAUCAAAAAGGUAAAAACAGAAAGAAAAAUAUGAUAUCUUGGUGAAGAAAUGUUAUAUUGGUUGUUGAUGUUGAUAUUUAUCUAAGUCAGAUAUUUAGGACGUAGGGCAAUGUUAUUAAAUUUUUUUUAGGAUAACACAGAAUUACCAUUACGGUACAGUGCCGCUGUUGUUGGUGCUAACUUGAAAAUGCCAGUUAACUUGGGGAAUAGUUUUGCAGUACCAGCAGGUCACAAUACAGACGAACAAAAUCCAGUAGAAACCUUAGUAAAAUCUUUCUUAGAACAAUACUAUGAACGGUAUGAUAAUAAAUUGUCAAGACAAAUGGUUGCUGAAGCAUACCAUGAAGAUGCAACAUUUACUUUGUCAAGCUUUCUCAGUUAUAAGUAUGCAUUUAAAUUGCACCUUAUCUGUAAUCAAAAUUUAAUCAUUCAUUUAUAUUUUAGUUCAAAAGGUAAUCUAUCACAGUAUUCAGCAGAUAGUCGAAACCUACUUAAACCUGACCGAAACAAAAAAAAUCGUUUAAUUCACAAAGGUAGAGAGAACGUAAUCAAUUUUCUAGAUAAGUUACCGAAGACUAAGCAUGACAUGGGCUCAUUUCUCAUUGAUGUACCGGUAGCAAAUGUAAGUUUGAAAUUUAUUUUAAUUUUAUUUAUUACUGUCUUAUUUUUGUUCAAAGGCUCAAUUAAUUCAGAUUGUAGUGAAUGGUGUAUUUGCUGAAAACUAUAAAGAGAACCAACAAAGACCAUUAUUUCGAUCAUUUUGUAGGGCAUUUAGUAUAGUGCCUUUUGGAAAUGGAUGGAGUAUAUUGAGUGAUAUGUUAUUUGUAACACUAGUUAAUGAAGAACAACAAUGUGUAAGUGAUUUAAUUUUGAACUUUAUUUUUAUUUAAAUCAUUUUUUUUAACUGCAGGAAUCAUCAAAACGGUUUUAUGUACCGAGAUCAAAAUUGCCAAAGAAGAGUAAUUCACCUAAUAGCAACAACAACACAUCAAUGUUUAUGGAGGAUUCAGAAGAAAUGACUAGCAUGGAAUCAUCAUCAUCAUAUCAGCAGGACACCCCACCCAACUAUCCUCCACCACAAUAUCAGCAAACCCAAUUUUCAACUUACCAGUCUCCUUCACUAGUAGAGAUUCCUGCAUUCUCACAGCAGCAGCCACCACCUUAUCAAGCUAGUUUACAGACGCCUGUUGAGCAGAACCCACUUGUUAUGGGUGCUUGUCAACAACAUAAUCAGCUCAUAUCAUCAACAGAACCUGUAUCUUUUCAAUCAAACUCUCAACAAUUAAAUAAUUCAUUUUACAUGUAUAACAAUACAACACCAACAACAUUUUCUCCAAGUUCAACUGAAACUUCUAUGCUUGCGAAUCAGCCAACAACAACAUUUCCUGUAAGUUCGACUGAUAUUCCUGUGCUUGCAAAUCAUCCAUCAACACCACUUCCUGCAAGUUCGACUCAUACGCCUAUGCUUGCGAAUCAGCCAUCAACUGAAGUCUCUACAAAUUCAAACAAUAAUUCAGAUGAAAAACUUAUGUUAAUCAAGAAUUUUUCAAAAGAAUCGGGCAUGAACAAUGUAUGGGCUAAAAAGUAAGACAAAUCACAUACCUAUAUCUUGUUUAAAAUUGCUAUCAAUUAAAAUUUUUUUUGUGUGUUAUCUGAUUGAAGAAUACUUUAUGACCAUAUGCAAGUAUUAAUAUUAGUAUACCUCAUAGAUUGGUAUUCAAAUUAUUAGAUAAAUGAUUCAUUUUGUUCUAUAUAGUUUAAUUGAAGUUUAAUAUGUUUUCAUCCAAUGUAAAAAAAAUAAACAUUUUAUUCAAUACAUUUGUUUUACAGGUGUUUAGAAGAAAAUGAUUGGAAUUACACUGAAGCUGCUUUAUGUUUUUCCAAACUGAAACCCAAUAUUCCUCCUGCAGCUUUCACAUAAAAUAUGUAGUAUAUUUGGUAUAAUUCAUAAAUUUAGUGAGAACUAUUGUCAUAUUAUUAAGACAUUGACAUAAAUAUUUUUUUAUCAAUAGUUUUAUGGGUUUUUCUUUUACUUAAAUUACUGUGUAUAGUUUAUAUAAAAAAAAAAAAAAAAUGUUAAAACAGACUGUACAGAAUGACAACUAAAAAUUUUUUUUAGUUUCAAUUUAAUUUUUAAUUUAUUUAUUUUUGUUACUUUAAAUUCUUAGUCUUUACUAAAAAAAAUAAAUAUGAACAUCAAUCGUCUAUUAACUACUACUGGCCAAUAAAACCAAACACAAUUGAAAAAUGGAGCAAGUAUAAAAAAAAAUAUAACAAAAAAUGUAUACAUACGUACAUAUAUAUAUUUAUAUAUAAUUAUAUAUAUAUAUAUGUAUAACAGAUGCAUACUUUUGCAAAAUUCCAUUUACAACCUGAUAUUAUAAUUGAAGAUAUAUCUGGUUUGUAACAUGCGGUUAUUGUGUACAAAGUUUCUGUGUUUGUAUGUGCCUAUUAGUUACAUUAAAGAUUGCAUGCAUUUAUAUUAGUGGACUAAGAUUAGUGAUCAAAAUCUAUUUAAACAGUUUAUUAUACAAUUUUAGUUGUUUGACUAUAAACAGUACUGUUAAGGAAAACCCAAAUAAAAAAUAUUAAACAGACUUAUUUUUUUUACGUUUUUUUAUGUAUAAAUAAUAAAAUGCACGGAAAAAAUAUUGUGUUAGUAAGAAAUAAUGUAAUAAUGAUUGUGUAAACCAUUUCUCCUUUUAUAUAAUCUAAUAAAAAUGUUCAUUCAAUCAUAUAUAAUAAUAUAAUAUAUAUAUAUAUAUUUUUAAUCAUACCAUGAUUACAACAUUCAUACAUGUUUAUUAAUUUUAUGAUAUUAAUAAUUUCUCUUUUGUAUAUAUAUAUAUAUAUAUUAAUAUAUAUGAGUUUUAUGUUUAAUGCCAUUUUUAAAAUGGAAUUUUUUUUAUAGUACAAAACAUUAUUAUUAUAUAUUAUAUAUUUAUAAUGGUACACGUGUAAUCAUAAUAAUAAAAUAAAAAAACCAAUUAUAUUCACAACAUUAAUUUGUCUUUGAUAGUACAGAAAAUAAUAUUUUAGACUGUAUGAUGUGUUUUAACAUUAUUACUUUAACAGUUAAAGUAUACGAUUGUAGAUGAACAGUGAAUGACAGUAGUGACAAAGUAUUGUUAAAAUAGGUCCUGCAUUGCUGUCUGUUGAACUGAAUGAAAUAAUGAUUACGUUAUGAAUGUACUAUAUACAUAUGACAAUAAUAUGUACAUAUAUUUAUGUUUAAUAAAAUAUAGUUAAUACUUUUGACG